GAAAUAGAAAAUGGCUAGCGAAGUCCCUUCGGCUAACAUCAACCCGCCCACUUCUUCGUCUCGGACUGCCGAAGUUCCGUCGUCUGAGAUUAAUGAGUUCUCAUAUCCGGCACAGCUCCCGCUUCCAUCGACGGAACCACAUCAGCGGAAUAAACCAUGGCACACCUAUAUAUCAGAAGAUCUUCCUCGCACUGUCCAAGAGUCCACAGAUUCCGCCAUUCGUUCGGCUCGUUCAUUCCAAAAAUCCUCCUCCUUUCACCUUCGCUCUCUUCAGGUUUUUCUGCCACAAUUAAGCUCACAGUAUAAAGCCUAUGAAGAGUCUUUUUUCCAGAGAGUUAAAGAUGCAGUAGGCAUCGCAAGAGAACACCCGACUCUAGUUGGUGGAGUUUCUGCUGUUACUGCCCUUAUGCUCAUGAGAGGACCUAGAAGGUUUUUAUUUCGCAAUACCUUAGGACGUUUGCAAAGUGAGGAGGCACGAUAUAAUAAGGCUGAGAGUAACGUGAAAGAGUUGAGCAUUUCUGUUGAUUUAGUGAAGAAGGAGAGCAAAAAAUUGCUUGAAAGGGUAGCUCUAGCUCACAGGGAGAUGACACAUGGCCAGUCGGAACUCAAGAAUGCUGGAAUUCGUAUUCAAAGGCUUACAAAAGCUGUCAAUAAGGCUGAAGCUCAAGCUAGUGAUUUGAUGGAUCUGCUACGGGAAAUUCCAGGAAGAGAACCUAUAAAAUUAAGAGCAGAGGUUGCUUCCAUGGCAUCACAUCUCCAUCAACAAAAGAGUGCACUGGACAAAAGAGUUGUUAAGAUAUCAGAGUUAGGCGUUCCGGUGUAACAUUAUAUUUCCUGCACUACUAGACCUACCUCUGUGCUGCAUAUUUGCUUGAAGAGGUGAUGCUGACGUGACUUCUCAUUGCAAUGUUUUUUUCUAUUUUGGACUCAAAAAGUGCGGAAGAAUUUAUUAACCUUUAAAAGCUAUACUCGGUAUUUGAUAUUGCAGCAGCUCAGUACUAGUUGGAGAUGCUCCAGGAAGGUGUUUGUACUUUGUAGCAACGAGCAUAUGAUAAGAGUGAUACUAGUAAUAGUAAUAAUAAUAGCAAUAGUAUGUCUUAAUAAUAAUAGCAAUAGUAUGUCUUAAAAGUGGGGUACGUUUGGCUGAGACUUCCUCGUUUGAGUUAAGCCGGAAGCCCAGAAGAUUUGCUGUGGUCGUUUGAAAUAUGUAUAUGUAUAUGUUAUGAUUGGGA